UUCUCUCAAAUGUACGUAGGUAAAUGAUCAUUGAAACAUUUAAUUAUUUACUUCAGGGGACUGCCACAACAUUUCACAACAAUCAGUGAGCAAUUGUGUUAAAAAGUUUGUGAGAGCCUUGGCAUCCAAGGCGAGCCAGUUCAUAAUGUUUCCUUCUGAUCCUGGGGAACUACGUGAAGUGAAAAGGAAAUUUUUUAAUAUCGCCGGAUUUCCACAAUGUGUUGGUGCCAUUGACGGCACACACAUCAAAAUCAAAAAUCCUGGUGGUGAAUUCGGAGCACGGCACAGAUGCAGAAAAAAUUUGUAUUCCAUCAAUGUUCAGAUUGUAUGUGAUGCGAAUCAGCGCAUAACUGAUGUUGUGGCACAUUGGAGAGGAUCUGCACAUGAUUCUCGAAUAUCGAGAGAAUCGUCUAUUUGCAGCCGCUUACAAAGCAUGGAUUUGCAAGGAGGAGUUAUUCUUGCUGAUGGUGGGUACCCUGCUUCAAAAAUAUUGCUGACACCUUUAAGAGUGUCUGCAUCACUCUCCGAACCAGAGAGGCGAUAUAAUAUAGCCCAUAUACAUACAAGAAAUCACAUUGAACGCUUGUUUGGGCAGCUGAAAAAUAAAUUUCGAUGCUGCUUCAAUGGUAUUCAGCUCAAUUACGAGACUUCCAAGGCCUCUAUAGUAGCUAUAUGCAUUUUACACAACAUAUCAAAGAACUUUUCAAAUGUGGGAUUUGUAGAUGACUCUUCUCCAGCAAGCAUCUCCGAUGAAGUAUUUGAGUCUGAUGAUGGAAAUGGUGAUGACUUGGUUGUGCUGCCAGGUAGAAGAUUAACUGGACGAUUUUAUAGAUCACAGUUUAUACUCAAACAUUUUACGUAAAUAAAAUAAAC